AUGAGAAAGCCAGCUGGGCAGCUGCUUCAAGCCCUGGCAUCUGUGUUGAGUGCCCGGACUGUUGAGCUGCUGUUGAGUAGGGCUAUUGUAAUCCUCAGCAGGUCGCGAUGCGGUGUGGACCGUGUGAUGGUGGCGCCGCCGGGCCCCCACGAUGCGCACAUAAGAGAGAACACUUGCGGCUGCGGAGCCCUGAAAACUCCCUCACCCUCCGUCGGCCCGUUUAUCCGCCUACGAGGAUACGACGCUGACGACGGCACCUGGCGCGCAACCGUUUUGUACGGCACCACGGGCGGAUCCGCCGACGGCGCGGUAUCAGAUGCCGAUGACGCCGAGGCGGCAGGAAUUAUUGACCUCGGUGGCUUGGAAGGUGACGGCGGCGGCGACGACGGCGGCAAAAGCGGCGGCGUAGCGGUCCCCUCGUCGACGGUCUUCUGGCGGUUCAGUUUGACGGUGGGGGUGCUGGACACGGCGGCGCAAUGGCUCGAGUACUGGGUGGAGGAUGAGGUGGCGGCGGAGGCGGAACGCGGCCCGAUGUACGGCGGCGUCGAUGGCGGCGGCGACGCCUGGCCAUGCACGCCGCGUCGGGUUUACAUUCCCAGUCGCGGCGAGGGCUGGCGCUGGGCGUUCUAUUCUUGUGCGGGGUUCUCUUUGGACGUUUCUGCCAGGGAGCAGGUCGACAGGUUCUGCGGGUCUUUCCCGUUGUGGUCGGACCUGCUGAGCCGCCACCGGCAGCGGCCCUUCAGCGCCUUGGUGGGGGGCGGUGACCAGUUGUACAACGAUGACGUGUGGCAGGUGCCGGCGCUGGAGGCCUGGCUAGAUCUGCCGCAUCCCGAGCAACGGCUGGCGGUGCCUUUCACAACCCAGAUGGCGACCCAGGCGCUGUCGUACUAUGUACGGCAUUACUGCACGCACUACAUGUCCGAGCCGGUACGGGAGGCCUACGCCACCAUUCCCCAGGUCAGCACCUGGGACGAUCACGACAUCUUCGACGGCUGGGGCUCCUACCCGCUGCAGCUGCACAGCUGCCCAGUGUUCUCGGGGCUGCUGCAGUGCGCCCGGGCGGCCUACCUGCUCUUCCAGCACCACACCACUGCCGAGCGAGCCGCCUCCGACGGCCUGAUCCUCACCCCGGGGGGCGGUGUGCACAACGUGGUGGCGCUGGGACCGCGACAGGCGCUCGUACUGCCGGAUCAGAGGGGGGAGCGCACUCGGUUUCAGGUGCUUCCCCUGGAGUCGUACGCUGACGUGUUCGCGGCGCUCGUACGGCUGCCCCGCUCUGUACGGCAUGUAAUCUUGGUGGCCACCGUCCCUCUGGUGUAUCCGCACAUCGUGGGUUCGCACAGGCUGAUGAUUUGCUUCCGAGGCCUGUACCGCAGCUCCUUCUUCCGGCCCCUCAUGGCCAAGACGGGGGUCAGCUCAGCCAUCAUGAACAGAUUCGGUGGGUGCCCCGGCCCGGCCCGGCCACCCAGGGUCAGCCAGAUCAGCGGCGAUGUGCACUUGUGCGGUGUGGGCAAGCUGCACAGCUGGCCCCGAAGCCCCUGGAAGAGUCCGGGAGGUGACUGGAGGUACAUGCAGCAGAUCAUCAGCAGCGCCAUCGUCAACAAGCCGCCUCCCACGUGCCUGGUGCGCGUGCUGCAAUGGUCGGGUCGGGCGGGACUCCUCAACCGGGGCACACGCAGCCACCUGAAACACACCUUCCGGGACACGGCCACACGGAACCAGCUGCUCAACCUGCGCAACUGGUGCGAGGUGGAGGAGGACCGUACGAGCGGUGAGUUGGUCUUCACGUUGCGCGUGGAGCCCGAGCUGCCCAGGACCGCACCUGCUGCUGGUGGUGGUGGUGCUGAUGGUGGCGGCGGUGGCCGCGACGGCUGCCUGGGGGGCGUCCUCCGGUGCUGCCGCUUCACAACAACCGCUAAAGACAACCAUCAGCAGCAGCAGCAGCAGCAGGAGGGGGAGGAGGAGGGACGGGGGGGUGCAGCGGUGGCGGCGGCGCCAGCGGGGGCAUCCGUGGAGCAGAUGACGUACGGCAGCAGCGGUGGAGACCUCGGCAGCGGUACGGCGGCGGCGACGACUAUGGCGACUGCGGCGGGGAAGCUCGACGAGGUAUGGCAAAGAGCCGCCGCCCCGGGGGAUGUCGGCUCAGCAGGAGGCGGUGUUCUACUGAGCCUGCCUUUCACGGUCACCCUUCGCGAGGUCAGCGGCAAUCUGGACCGCACCUUGGCCCGGGGACCGCUGCGUAUCACCACCACCACUACCACCACCACCACCACAUCAACACCGUCACCACACGGCACACCCGUACACGGCCACGGCCGCGAUGGCGGCGGCGGCGGCGGCGGCGGCAGCGGAAAGGGGGGAGUCCCGCAUGUUUCCCUGUGGGUGGGGUCCGCAGAGUUCCCCCUGUCGGCACCGCGGGGGCCGGGGAGCGACCUGACGCCGCACAGUUCCCCGCCCCGUGUGCGCGGGACCAACUCACAGAGCUAUGGUACGGCGGCAACCGCUGCCGUGCCGAUUCUGUGUCACCGCAUCGACUCCCGUACGCUGCAACUGACCCUUGGGUCAGUGAACCACCACCAACAACAAGAACCUGGCGAAGUCGCUGGUGGCAGCGGAGGCGGAGGCGGAGGCGGAAGAGGCGAAGGUGCCAUGCAAUCCCGCGCUAUCCCCUCUCCCGCCUCCACCCUGCUGCUCGUAUUCCCCGGGGACGCCACCGACCAUGACGUGUCUCGUACGGCAGCCGUACUCUCGGACUUGGCGAGUGGGAGGGGUCAGGUCACCCCAGAGGCGCCCGCGGGAGCUGCUGUGUACGGCACCCAGCCGUCGCCGCCGCAGCCGCCACCGCCGUCGCCCAAACCCACUACCGCCGGCUCCCCUCCUGGAGUUCUCUUCCACGACACGGACCCGGCUCGCUCGCUGGGCUGGAAAAACAACCAGCCUGUACGACUAACCCACCUCGAACGCGUCCUGCCGCCGCCGCCGCCGUCGGGGGUUCUGCAGCAGCGGUCCAGGGUAGGCGGAGGGCUACUGGCGGCGGCGGAGGAGGCGGCAGCGGAGGCGGCUGGUACGAGUGGCGGUGAUGGCGAUGACGAUGGUGGUGGCGGCGGUCGCAGCCUGUUUGGUUCGAGGGGCGCGGAGGCUGGCAGUCCCGGCGGCACCCGGCUGGGGAGGUUGCGGGGGCUCGCGCUGGGCAGUGUGUGGGGGAGUGUGGCGGUGGCCAACCUCGCAUAUGAAAAGGUUACUGCCAAUUGGGACAAGCGCCUGGGACCAGGAGCCGAUAACUUCAACUUCGCCAUCGACCUGGACCGUGCAGCGGCGGAGUACGGCGUCGCGCUCCGUACCACUCUGGCCGCCGGCAACCACGUGACCCUCGGCCUUGCCGUACACUAUCAGGUGGCGUCAGGCCAAGAGGCCGGGGGGUAUUGGGACAACAACGAGGGAACCAACUACACCUUCGACCUGCCCUGCGAGUAG